AUGGAUAAAAGCAGUAACGAGCAGAUGGAGAUAUUUUCCCAUCCGAACAGGCUAGAAAAUUCCAGUGAAGAUAACCGCGACUUUUUCAGUGACUUGCCGGACCCGAUUCUCGUUCACAUUCUUUCAUUUCUACCGCUACGUGAUGCCAUCAGAACUGCUGUUUUUCCGAGAUUCGGUAAACUGUGGCUUAGCUUGCCGGUUCUUGAUUUGGACAACUGUGUGUACCAUGAGGACGGUGAAGAUGUGAAUUUCGACAGUUGUGACUUUGAAAAAUUUAUGCAUGUAGUUCAUCAGGUUUGGAAUCAUCGUGACGAGAACACGCUGGAUAAAUUGCGCCUCAGGUUUGCACUUGGGCAAUCUUAUUCAUGUGGCAUUGAUGAUCAUAAUAAUAAUAAUAAUAAUAAUCCCAACCUUAGUGAUGAUCAAAGACGGGAGGUGGAGAAAGAUAUGGCCGCGAUAUAUCACGUGGAGAAGUUAAUCUGUUAUGCCGUGAGCAGAAAUGUCAAGGUGUUGGAUCUCGACUUUAAGGGCUGUAGUUUUUUUGUGAGAUACUAUAAGUUACCGGAUGUUUUAAGUACUGGAUACUUGACGAAUUUACGGUUGGCCGCUUGUGACAUAAGAUCUUGUGAACAAAUAAAUCUGCCGGCACUUAGAGCCUUGUUUCUCUACAGGGUUUUGUUGAGUGAUGAAGCAAUAGAAAGAAUCUUGAAUGGUUGCCCGUUUCUUGAGGAUCUGUCUGUGGUUAAUUGUCAUGGCUUUCACCAGUUGAGUUCCAAAAAUGAAAACUUGAAGAAGCUGAUACUUAGUGUGGCUGUGAAUGACGGGCUUGUGCUCGUGGAGUGUCCUCAUGUAGAGUCAAUAGAAAUAUCUGGGUGUAUCGAUGCCGUGACUUUGCAUCAUGUCUCAUCAUUGGUCGAAGCUUCCUUCUACUUUGGCGGCUUAUCAAGAUGCCUGCCCACGCGUUAUCCUGUAGUGAUGAAUCUACUGUUCAUGCUUCGCCAGUGCACAACUUUCAGCAUAUGCACUUGGAGUAUUUUGUUGAUGUCAAUAUGGAAGGUGAAUAAUGUCCUUUGCCCACGGUUCGAGUGGAAGCAUGUCAAAGUUAAACUUCAUCUCACGAAAUUUCAUCUUCCGGGGCUUUCUCUCCUGCUGAGCUGCUGUUCUUCUCUUGUGGAACUUACGAUGCAUACCACUUCUCAGACUGAGGGCCCAUUUUGGAUGUGGAAAAAUGAUUCUGAUGGAGAGGUACACUUGAACUCACAGGAGGCAACCUUACCCUGCCUUGAGAGCAUUAUGAUACAUAGCCGCCAUAUAGGCGACCCGUGUUUCAUCCAGAUUGUCAAAUUUCUACUGAAAAAUACUCCGAGGUUACAGAAAAUGGUAAUUUCGACAGAGAAAGCAUUUACCACCGAACAACUGCUUGAGCUCUCUGAGGAGUUAUUAUCGUUACCUAGAGCCUCAUCGGAGGCAAUGGUGUGUAUCUCUUAA